AAUAAUCUCUCAACACUUGUGAAACUGUAAGUACAGCGAUACACUUUUAUAUCCCGGUGUUGAAAUUAGCCCUCUAGUUGGCCUGUGAACGUCCCAUGCCUGCCAAGUGUGUCAUCUGAGACAAGCAUUUCAAUUUGUUUGAGCAGGCACAUAUCAAUCUUAUCUGGAAGAAAAGGUGCCAGUAAAAGCCCAAAGAGUAAGUAUUGCUACCUAAUAAUUGUGCUGCAGUUCGGAGUGUUCAAGGUGCUUUCCAAUAACAUGUUCUGAAAUUUGAUCUGACAGCGCUUUGGGAGGCGGUUUAUUAGGAAGCGGCUGCCCUGUCGCACUCGAGGAACCGCGUCAGUGACCUGCUCCAGGACACGGGGCUAGCGGGGAGUGGAGAGAGGCCGGCUGGACUCAGCCUCCAAGUCCCACACUCGAUUCUGCAGGAAUAAAAACUGUUCUUCAUGCUACCACUCUCCCUUUUCCUGUAAACAAGCAACAAAAUGCUGAAAAUGCAUCUUAACUGAAACGGAAGUCAAAUGAAUUCGCGUGCGAUCACGGGAAUUUUUGGCUCUUAACCUUACGAGUGGAGCUGGGUGAGUUCCGUUUGUGGUGGGGGACUGGAAACAGGUUUCUGGGCUUCCAGAGCCACAUCCCAUCCCCACACAGCCUAGGCCAGGCCAGGUGUUUGUCGGUGAGGCUCCGGGGCUCCAGCUAACCUGAGCUACCUGGGCAGAGCUUUGGGCGGGGAGGCAGCAAGCGGGGUGAGCGGGCGACGACACCGGCCUCUACGCAGUGCGGUGGUGAAGACGUCUCUUCCAGGGAGUCACAGGAAGCAAAUCCAUCCUUUUAAAGGGCUCGCGUCCCGCGGCCCUCAACCGGCGCGCUGGAGGAGAGCUGUGGCGUUCCCCGAGGUUCAUGGCUCACAAGGCUCGCAGCCCAGCCCUGUGAUCCAGCUUCCUCAGUAUUCGCGGUGCACCACUCAGGGCGACUUGCGGCUUACGUCCCAGGACAAAGGGGACUUGUCCUUUCUUGAAAGUCCUACUGCGCGAAAACGAAGCCCUUCUCUGGCUGCCUGCCUUCCGGGAGAAGCUGCGCCCCGUCAAGCUCCAAGUCUCCGGGCGCUGCCGCCGCCCAUUCCCGGCGCGCACCUGGAAUUCCCGAGCUCGGGCCCCGCCCUGCCGCCCGCCAGAGUGCUUGUGAUUUCACGUAUUUUUGCUGAACUUGUAAAAGAGACACUUGGAUGGUGGAUUAACGAGAACACUAACAUUCUGUGAAAAAUUUCAAAUUGGAGAAUAUUGAAUUUUCACCCUAGUCCAGCAGCUCUGCUGCUCACUUAAAUACAGAUGAAUGAAGACCCCAUUCGGAAAGACACCUGGCCAGCGGUCCAGAGCUGAUGCAGGCCAUUCUGGAGUAUCUGCCAACAUGAUGAAGAAGAGAACGUCCCACAAAAAACAUCGGAGCAGUGUGGGGCCGAGCAAACCUGUUUCCCAGCCCCGGCGGAACAUCGUAGGCUGCAGGAUUCAGCACGGGUGGAAAGAGGGGAAUGGCCCUGUUACCCAGUGGAAAGGAACCGUUCUGGACCAGGUGCCUGUAAAUCCUUCUUUGUAUCUUAUAAAAUACGAUGGAUUUGACUGUGUUUAUGGACUAGAACUUAAUAAAGAUGAAAGAGUUUCUGCGCUUGAAGUCCUCCCUGAUAGAGUUGCAACAUCUCGAAUCAGCGAUGCACACUUGGCAGACACAAUGAUUGGCAAAGCAGUGGAACAUAUGUUUGAGACAGAGGAUGGUUCUAAAGACGAAUGGAGGGGAAUGGUCUUAGCACGUGCACCUGUUAUGAACACAUGGUUUUACAUUACCUAUGAGAAAGACCCUGUCUUGUAUAUGUACCAGCUCUUAGAUGAUUACAAAGAAGGCGACCUUCGCAUUAUGCCUGAUUCCAAUGAUUCACCUCCAGCAGAAAGGGAACCAGGAGAAGUUGUGGACAGCCUGGUAGGCAAACAAGUGGAAUAUGCCAAAGAAGAUGGCUCGAAAAGGACUGGCAUGGUCAUUCAUCAAGUAGAAGCCAAGCCCUCCGUCUAUUUCAUCAAGUUUGAUGAUGAUUUCCAUAUUUAUGUCUACGAUUUGGUGAAAACAUCCUAGAUGUCAUCACAAACUGCCAAAUUUGUGGAACUGUGAAAUGUAUUAUUUGUAGACAUAAAGACUUGAUUGCUUUCCAGUUUAAUGAAAGCUUAAAUGUCCCUGCGAACCCACAAUCUCUGCCAGCAGAACUGGUUUUGUUCUGAAUAGUACAGAUUGAUGUGAACACAAAGCAUUUUGUGUAAGGAGAACUCCUUUCUCUUAAAAGAAGUCUGUCUAUUUGGAGGGGAGUUACAGGCAAGUUUGAUAAAAGUUAAGCUAGUAUCAUAGUCAUUUAAAAUUGUAAUAGAUCUUAAUCAUUUCCCCUUUACCCUAACACUUAUUCUGCCGCCACAAUGCAAGCAUAGUUUGGUGUUUUCGUUAUCGCCUUUUUUGAGAUAUAUGUAUCCGUAUCUACCUAUAUCUAUAUGUGUGUAUACAUAUAUAAUAUAUACACAUAGAUAUCACGCACACACACAUACACGCACACAUACCCCACUGCAGUCUUUUCUUUGUGGGAUUGGGAUGGGGGUGACAUAAUUUUCUUCAAUUUAACAGGAGUGCUUUACCCAAGUCAGUCAUGGUUAUGAUAUUACUGCUCUUUAUUUAAAAUUAAAAUUUGGGCACAGGAAGCAUAUAGAAACAUUCAGCUUGUUUCAAAAAAAUCAGAAGUUCAGAGCACCUUUUUAGUCUGGAGCCCUUAAACUGUAAGUUCAAAUGAGAAUUACUUGUGAACAGUUAAUGACCCACAUUAGGAGUUUACAAUCUGGUGAGAAAUCUGGGUAAAAGGCUACCUUUAAUUCUAAGCUUUGAGUUUUUUUAGUUACAUUUUAAUCAUAAUUUUUUUUAGCAAAGCCCAGGUCCUUGUUCCACACAGUGUCAUGUAGGUGUAUUUUGGACAGCAUGUAUGGUCUGUUGUUUGUACAAAUCAGUAAUCUGGAUUUCAGUACAUGGAUUUAAAAGGCAACAAUACGUCACUGGUUUGUGUGUUUUUGGUAAGUUUCUGGAGGAAUACAAUCUUUUUAUAUUGGAAGUUUAAGUUUUGAGUGGCAUUAUUGCCUUCUAACAAGCUCUCUGGGACUUUAAAAUUUUUAUUACUAUUAUUGCUAAUGUAUGAUUAUGGUUGGAAACUUCUGCUCCACCCCUUCCCCCUACCCCCUGGCUUUUCCUCACAGAGAAUGUCUAGACAAAUAGCAGCUUGGUCUCUUGACACCUUAUGUGGGGUGCAUGUUUCUGCUCCAGGUGUGCUGUUAAUGUGGAUUCAUUCUAUUCAGAUUCAGUGGCCCCUUGGGGUUUGCAUGUCAGUGAUGCGUUACCAUGGAAGAGUCAGCCAUUUGUGUUCGCUUGGUGGGUGUAAGUAAUAGCAGCCCUUUGCCACGGUCUUUACAUCGUUUCUUCUUGAAAGGUUGUUCUAAACUGAAAUAGAACUGCAAGUGUGAUUGAUUGGUCAGUGAAACAACUGCUCUCACUUUGUUUUGGAGGAACCCUGGUGGUUUGACAGCCAGGAGAAAGGCCAUAUGUAAAACCAGUCUCUUGUGGAGAUUGGAAAUCCUCCCUGAUAUUUGGGCAGAGCCGAAACUUGUAUGCUUGUCACUCAGACACCAGAAGUUUGAAUCAGAGAUCCAAGUGGCCUCUGUUGUGGCUGUUCUUGAUGGUUUCCAGGCCUCAUUAUGCAUGGUUUGCUUGAUGCCCAUUUUUUGUGCCUUGUGCUGUUGGAUGGUAACGACCACUCACCAUGUAAACACAGUACCUCAGUUUUCUGUCCACAGCUACAGUCGCUCUGUCCCUGUUGCUUCACCUUGGGCAGCCAGGGACAAGCUUUUGAAAGCAGUGUGAUACCCAAGUCAUAGGUGCUUCUCUUUUGUGUGAACAGGUGUUAUUCUGCAGAUCUACUAUGUGUUUUCCUGUUGACUCUUAAAAGUCCCUGCUUGUAAAUCUCAAAGCUGAGCCUGGCUCCCAGAGUCCAGACUGACAUUGCAGUGCAAGAAUUUGCGAGUGUGUCCAGCAUGCAUGGACUGUGCAGCACUUGGCUCAGUAACUUUGGGUGGAAACAUAAAGUUCGUGUCGAAGUAUCUUGAGGGUUGGGUCAAUUGAGACAUUUCUAGCAUUACUUAAUGACUUGCAUUGUGGUUUUUCUGCAAGCAACUUUAAUAACUUUUUUUUGAUACCACAUGAUCUCCCGUUUCUAGAUGAAUGCAACAUGAUGAUGGUGAUGACAACGAUGAGUUUAAUCAUUGUUCCAUUUAUUGCCUUUAGGGCUGAGGGAAAGGGAAGGGUUUUUUUUUUCUCCCCAUUUUCCCCCAUUCUGUUUUUCUUUUGGUGGCUUACACCACACUUAAUGACGCUAUGACUAAUUCUGCUCCCAAGCCCUUGUAUCUUGGGCUUCGUUUUAGGCUCAUGUGUCAGAUCUGCAUGCAUUGCUUGCAUUUUUCUGGUAUCAGAAUGUUGGUUCCUUGUUCUAGGAAUUCAACAUUAAUUUCCAAAAGUAUCAUGGGACUUGUGACAACACAAGACAUGAAUCUAUGUAUAAAAUUUAUUGGCCUUUCUCAUUUACCUGCUCUAGUAUUAUUGUAUUGUGUGUGCGUGCGUGUGUGAUGUCAGGCUGCCACGUAAAACUUCAGAGAAAAAUCUUAAAAGCAGACCAUCCUUUUUUGCAUGCUCUAUUCUAAGUAGAAUGUUCAAUGUAACUGACUAAAAUUGCAUGUUAAAGAUAUUUAGGUUUUUUUGUUUCCUUUAUUUUUAUUUGCUUUCAGUUUCCUGUAUAUUUGCUUACUGUGCCGUUUUAGUGGUUUUAGGAUAAAAAUGCACUGGUGAAGCAAAUGUAGUGCCAACAGAAGGUGAUUUUCCAGUUGUAAAUGUCAUGCAGCAUUUGAAGGGACUGUGUUUUCUUAAAAAAAAAUCACAGUUACUUCUAAAUCAGAUUUCGUUUCUUUUAUCGUUUUAUGUGCCAAACCACGAAGUGCAUUGGGCUUGAAUCUCUGAACACUGUAGACCCAUUAGAAGACUGUUCCGAUUGUCACAAAUUGUAGUGCCUGAAAACACUCUUAAGCUGAUUGUCUUAAAAAAAUGAACGUUCUCCAAAGACAAAACAGGAACAAUUAUUAUAACACAAUAAUUAUGGUUGAAAUGUCUGUGGUUCCUUGGAAAUGCUGCGCUCUUUGUGUUUUUCCAUCAUUAGUGCAGUUGGAAUGAAUGUGUAUAGGUCAGAGGUCUUCGUGUUCACAUUUUAAAAUUAGGUAAAUGACCUCAUCUUUCAAGCUUGAAUUCAUUUUUAAUUUUAAUUUUAUUUUAUACAAUGUGUAGACAGUUCCCUGUUCUCUGCAUUUAGAAGUAUACACAAUAUAAAUCUGUUAAUUCUGUAAGUAAUUUUUAUAAUUAUGAUGUAACUCUAUCUUAUCCUUAAAACAUUUAAAAUAAACCCUUUAUGUGCAA